AUGGCGGACCGCUACAUCCCAGAGCAUCGUCGGACGCAGUUCAAGGCGAAGAAUCAGUUUAAGCCUGAUGAGCUUCGUCGCCGACGUGAAGAACAACAAGUUGAGAUCCGAAAGCAAAAACGAGAAGAGAACCUCGCUAAACGGCGAGGCAUCCAAACCAGCGAUGGUGAUAUCAUUGGAGGCCAGGUCGUGGAUAGCGACGAGGAGGAAGGCGGCACCAUUGAAGGCGAGCUUAACGUUGAACUCCCAGAAAUGGUCAAAGGUGUCUUCUCGGACCAGAUUGAUGAGCAGAUUCAAGCCACCACCAAAUUCAGAAAGUUGCUGUCAAAGGAACGUAAUCCUCCUAUCGAACGCGUCAUCGAGACUGGUGUUGUCAGCCGUUUCGUUGAAUUUCUUCGCUCCCCUCAUACUUUGGUUCAAUUUGAAGCUGCUUGGGCCUUGACCAACAUUGCGUCUGGCUCUGCUCAGCAAACACAAGUUGUUAUCGAGGCCGGUGCUGUUCCCAUCUUCGUCGAGCUCCUUAGUAGCCCUGAGCCAGAUGUUCGGGAACAAGCUGUCUGGGCCCUGGGUAACAUUGCAGGUGACAGCCCUCAAUGCCGCGACUACGUUCUCUCUGCCGGUGCCCUCCGCCCUCUCCUGGCUCUCAUCAGCGAUGGCCGCAAGUUGAGUAUGCUCCGUAAUGCCACCUGGACUUUGAGCAACUUCUGCCGUGGAAAAAGCCCUCAGCCAGACUGGAAUACCAUUUCUCCCGCUCUACCCGUUCUUGCGAAGCUGAUCUAUAUGAUUGAUGACGAAGUCCUCAUCGACGCUUGCUGGGCUAUCUCAUACCUAUCCGAUGGCUCUAACGACAAGAUACAGGCUGUUAUCGAGGCUGGCAUUCCCCGCCGCUUGGUUGAGCUUCUAACACACGCCUCCACAUCUGUGCAGACUCCUGCCUUGCGUUCCGUUGGAAAUAUUGUCACUGGUGAUGACGUGCAGACCCAGGUCAUCAUCAACUGCGGUGCCUUACCUGCACUACUUUCUCUCCUUAGCUCUACUAAGGAUGGAAUUCGCAAAGAAGCUUGCUGGACUAUUUCCAAUAUUACCGCUGGUAACUCCGUCCAAAUCCAGGCAGUUGUUGAUGCCAAUAUCAUCCCACCUCUCGUCAACCUCCUCUCUAAUGGCGACUUCAAGACCCGCAAGGAAGCUUGCUGGGCUAUAUCUAAUGCCACAUCCGGGGGUUUGCAGAAGCCUGAUCAGAUCCGCUACCUAGUAUCUCAAGGUUGCAUCAGGCCAUUGUGCGACCUCCUUGCAUGUCCAGACAACAAGAUCAUCCAAGUCGCUCUUGAUGGUUUGGAGAAUAUCCUCAAGGUUGGUGAAAUGGACAAGGAGUCUACCCAAGCUGGUGAUGGUAAUCUCAACCGCUACGCCCUAUUCAUUGAAGAAGCUGGUGGUAUGGAGAAGAUUCACGAAUGCCAGAAUAACGCCAAUGAGGAGAUUUAUAUGAAGGCAUACAACAUCAUCGAGAAAUACUUUUCUGAUGAGGAUGAAGCUGGUGGUGAUAUCGAUGAGCUGGCUCCUCAGCAGACACAGACCGGGUUUGCCCUUGGUACCAACCAGCAACAGCCUGGUGGCUUUAAUUUUGCUAAUGGUGGCGGUGAUUCGAUGGACAUGUAA